AUGGAAUCGCUCAAUCUCAACAUGCUCGCCAGCUCGCUGCCACCAUCCAAUCUCGCCAAUGCAGAGAAGGAGCUCACCAACAACUUCAAAGCGGCCGCCCUGAGCCUUACGACGUUUUACCGCACUUCCCGGCGCACGUCGAAGCGGGCGUACAAUGCAGGCUACGCCGCGGCGUGCCAAGAUAUGCUCCUCAUGAUCCAGCAAGGCGUUUCCACGGGCGAGUCCAGCGAUACCGCCGGGCAGGGUAUGACCAUCGGUAGGAUAAUGGACUACAUCGAAGCACGGCUCGAGGCCAUCAAGUCACGAGAAGAGGAGGAGGACGAGGACGAAGAGAAGGAGAAGGACAGGGAGAAGGAACGUGCUCGUCCGGCCGCCAGUGCCAGCGUUGGCUCGAAGAUCGCAUCAAAGCUCCCGAGCGCAUCGACGGGCGCACCACCCACUCCACAAACGCCAUCGCUCACUACUAUGCCACCGCCCGCCAUGCCGUCGUCCCCGUCCCCGUCCCCAGCACCGCCCAUCCCACUGCAACGCACAUCCAAGACCCGGCUAUUCGCGCUCUCGAAUCCGAAGGAAGUCUCAGUGUUCAAUGCCAUCCCGACUAAUUCGCGCCUGUUUGAUACCCCCGAUGUUCCCGUCGCCAUCAUCCCCGCACAGAACGCACCGCCAUCGCCCGCGGCGAUCAUGCCCGAGACAGUCGGCAUGAAGCGGCGACACAACGUCAUGAUGCUCGACUCUGCGACACCUGCUCCCUCCGUCGCCGCGGACGCGGCUGUGGGCACGAGCCGGCGACGCACGCGGAGCACGCGCGGCGCGGCUCUCGGCGCAGCGCCAACACACCAAGUGCAAGACCAGAAUCGGAACGUGGUGUCCUCGGACGAUAUGGACGUUGAAGAGGAGGGACGAGAGCGGAAGCGCGUUGCGCGCCGAUGA